AUUCAAAUAAUAAAAAAAUCGGGAAUUGCGCGUCCGUCAGUACAGAGUCCCUAGUUUGACGGUUAGUAUCAGUCGAUGUCGGGACUCUGGCACGCGUGUCCGCGGGAGUGAAGUGUUAGUGAUAGUGUAUCGGGUUUCACCUACUUAGCGAAUGUAUAAUACAAAGGAGAUGCUGUAGUGAUAUAAGUUCAUCAAAAUGGUUAUACGGUGUAGAGGUGUGCCGCGUCUGGCAGUUGGUGUGAGACUGACGAUAGUUUUGUGUGUUAUUCUCGAGGUAACCUCGGGAGAGGGGAGAGAUGAGCCGCAUAAGUAUACGAUAGAUGAAUUACUCUCAACGGAUUUUGAUAAUAAAGAUUCUGGUGAUCUCGGAAUGGACCCUUGCAAAGCUGGUAAUAUCCAAGGUGAUAUCGCAAUAGAAGAUGACUACUUCAAGCGGAAAACGAACACACCGACACCAUCGAAGAUCAACAAAUCAUUACAAGAAGAAGUGGAAAGGCUAAAGAAAGAAGUACUACUAGAAGGACUUCAGGUGGAGGAAGAAGGUCUACCAGACAUCUUGAGGAAGAGAACGAAACAGCCCUUGCAUUUGUCGCAGGAAAAACCAAAGAAAUACAACGAUGCUGUGAUUAUGACUAAAACUUUACCAUCUGGUUUAGACAAAUCAGUAAUAAUGAAAAACGGAAAUCUUCCUCCUGGUGAAUACUUUGAUAACAUAAAGAUUUCAGUAAAUGAUAGUAAACUAGAACGUGCUAAUCAAACGUCAACUGAGAACCUGACUGAAUACGAAAGUCUAGAACAAGAAGGAGUUUUAGUUGUCAAUGUUUCCACUGAUAACAUUCUAAAUUUAGACGAGUUAUACCCUCAUAUACAACUAGCAAACUUUUCUAGCAAAAUGGACGAGGUAACUAACAAAAUUCAGAGCAAUAGUCGAGAAAUUACUGGUGAUUCGAAUAAUAAUAUAAAAACUAAAGAUAUGCCAGAUAAUGUCACAGUAGCACCUGCUCCUACCAAUGGAGUCAUACCUACAAAUGAACAAGGAGAAGAAAAUGAUAGCAUAGACAAGUUUGUAAUUAAAAAAAACAAAGAUGCCAAAGAGAUAAAUAAUAAAUUUGAUGUAGCUAAUGAUUUACUAAAGCCAACCGAGAGUUUGCAAGUAUUGACUGAAGAAACGACCGGCAGAAGACAAAAAAGGAGACGGAGGCAUGGUAACGGCAGACGACACAGAAAUAUACAUUCAGGCGAAAAUUCAGGACAUAACGCGCUAAAAUCAACGGAGCAUAACGAACAUUUCGAGAGGAAAAAGUUUUUUCGUCAUCAUAAAAAGUUGAAGGAGAACAGCGAACAAAAAAAGUUUGUGAUUCCUGAACACGAAUUCGAAGAGAGAUUCGAAGUGAAGCCUCCCCCUAAAGUGAAUGUGUCUGAGAAUCAAAAAUUCCAGGGUUGGUUUUUCCGGGACUCGGACUAUGAUUUAGAGGCAAUGGAAAGCCGCGCCUAUAAUGCUUCUCAGACUCAUAAACGCCACCGCUCAAUCAGAGCAGCUACCAAUCGCAAAGAACGAAUCUGGGACAACGGCGUCAUACCAUACGAGAUCGACGGCAACUUCAGCGGAGCUCACAAGUCCCUCUUCAAACAGGCCAUGAGACAUUGGGAGAACUUCACCUGUGUCAAGUUUGUGGAAAGAGAUCCUGACAUGCAUAAAGAUUACAUUGUCUUCACGGAAAGACCUUGUGGAUGCUGUUCAUUCGUCGGCAAGCGCGGUGGCGGAGCUCAAGCCAUCUCCAUUGGGAAGAACUGUGAUAAGUUCGGCAUCGUGGUUCAUGAGCUGGGUCAUGUUGUCGGCUUCUGGCACGAGCACACAAGGCCGGACAGGGACAGACAUGUGCAGAUCAUCAGGGACAAUAUUAUGACUGGACAAGAAUACAACUUUAACAAGUUAACAGAAGAGGAAGUUAACUCGCUCGGGCAGACCUACGACUACGGUUCCAUUAUGCAUUACGCUACCAACACCUUCAGCAAAGGCACCUUCCUGGACACCAUACUACCAUUGGAAUUUGACGGGAAGACACGACCAAGGAUCGGGCAGCGAGACAAGUUGAGUGCUAGCGACAUAGCGCAAACGAAUCUACUAUACAAAUGUGCGAAAUGCGGCAGGACACUUCUGGGUAACUCUGGGUGGUUCAACUCGCCCGGCUGGGGGUCGGAGGUUGCGCCGGCGACGGCCGAACGCUGCGAAUGGAGGAUUGUCGCUACACACGGAGAGAGAGUCGUUCUUAACAUUACUGAAAUCGACAUCCACAAAUCAGAGGAGUGCCGCUCAGAAUGGGUGGAAGUCCGCGACGGUUACAUGCCUGACGCUCCAGUACUUGCCAGGGUGUGCGGGUCUGGGAAAGGCCCGCUGCUGAGGUCUACUGGGUCCAGGCUGACUGUGGUCUACCAGCCGGGAAACAGACCCAAACCGUUGAAGGGCUUUCGAGCUCAUUAUGAAGCCGUGUGUGGUGGUGACAUCGAAGUGGACAGCAGCGGCCACUUGGAGUCGCCGAACUACCCUGAUGAUUAUCAGCACAGCAAGCUUUGUAUUUGGAGACUUACUGUUCCACAGGAUUACCAAGUAGCUCUGAGAUUCCACUCGUUCGAAGUGGAGAACCACGACACUUGCUCGUAUGAUAGGGUGAAGGUCCGAGAUGGGGACUUUAUGGACAGUCCGCUGAUUGGCAUGUUCUGUGGACACAAAAUACCACCGGACAUCAGAUCUACUUCAAACAAACUCCUGGUGAUCUUCGAGUCAGACGCCACAGUCCAGAAAGCAGGAUUCUCCGCGACCUUCAUGAAGGAGUUCGACGAAUGUGCCUCCAUUGAACACGGCUGUAGCCACUCGUGUGUCAACACCUUGGGCGGGUACGAGUGUGCUUGCGAUAUUGGUUACGAGCUGCAUUCUGACGGGAAGAAGUGUGAGAAUGCUUGCGGUGGCGCCCUCUACGGCCCUAAUGGAACAAUCACGUCGCCGUCAUUCCCUGAUCUGUACCCGCCUUCCAAGAACUGUCUUUGGGAAAUCCUGGCGCCGCCACAACACCGCAUCACACUGAACUUCACGCAUUUUGAUUUGGAAGGAAACAAUAUGUAUCAGCAGGAAUGUGAAUAUGACAGUGUGACGGUACACUCUAAACUGGGAGCUGACGUGCUGAGACGGCACGGCGCAUUCUGCGGUAAUGCUCUGCCACCCCCGGUCACUUCUGAUGGCUCCGUACUUAGAGUUCAGUUCACAUCAGACGCAUCGGUCCACCGCUCAGGCUUCGCGGCAGUCUACUACAUCGAUGUGGACGAGUGUGCUGAGAACAACGGAGGCUGCCAGCACGAAUGUCACAACACACUGGGCGGCUACGAGUGUGCUUGCCACAGCGGCUUUACCUUGCAUCCAAACAAACACGAUUGCAAGGAAGGUGGAUGUAAACAUGACGUCACUCAGCCGCAUGGGACCAUUGUCAGUCCAAACUUCCCAGAUCAAUACCCGGCGAGAAAGGACUGCGUGUGGCAGUUCUCCACUACUCCCGGACAUCGCAUCAAGUUGAUCUUUAACGUAUUUGAAUUGGAACCUCACCAGGAAUGUGCGUACGACCACGUGACAAUUUACGACGGGGCGUCAGCAGACGAGAAGACUUUAGGAAGGUUCUGCGGCAGCAAGCUCCCGCACCCGGUGGUGGCGUCCCAGAACCAGAUGUAUGUGGUGUUCAAGUCUGACGCCUCUGUGCAGAGGAAGGGCUUCCUGGCUACGCAUUCCACAGCAUGUGGCGGCUACCUAGCGGCCACAGACGCGGUCAAACACCUGUACUCCCACGCACGGUACGGCGACGACUCGUACGAAUCACGCGCCGAUUGCGACUGGAGCAUAGUGGCGCCCCCCGGCCAGUUCGUGAAGCUGACCUUCUUGACGUUUGAACUCGAGCCCGAAGCGAAUUGCGGCUAUGAUUACGUUCAGGUCUUCGGGGGAUUGGAUGGAAGUGGCGGGGAUUAUGGGGCGUCGUGUGGUACUAAGAUGCCAUCAGAGAUAAUAUCAACAUCGGAAGCACUACUCGUAAGAUUCCGCACGGACGAUUCCAUAGUCUUUAAGGGUUUCUCCGCGUCCUACCAAGCUGUGAAGCCAGAGAUCUCGAGCGAAUACGACAGCUCUGAAAGCGAAAACGAGGAAGAGGAAGACGAGAGGAUGCCGCCCCUCGUGGUGGGGAGGCGCGGGCUGCGCGCGCCGGCGCCGCGCUUCGUGCGCCGCCCCGCGUGACGCUGGCCGCUGCCCCGCCAUCCCAGGACCAGGCGACCGUAUCGCAACGCCAACCGAUUUAGACCUGAAAGUAGACCUUUUUAAAUUUCUAUGACAACAACCGAUUAAACAUACUUACCUACCUGAAAAUGGGUCAUUUUAAAUCUGUUUCAAUUUAUUUCUUUUUUAAUUAUUCUACCGCACCGUGUAAUCAAGAUUUUAAAUAAAACUAUAAUAGUAACGGCUCGAUUUCUGUAUCAACAUCUAUAUUUGGUCAUUUAAAAAAAGCGCAACGUGCGAUAAAACUUCACGCUAAAAAUUUUUGUGUUGCCCUUACACAAAGAUCUAUUAAUAUCUACUAACGAAAACAAUUCAUUUUUUUUGAUCAGGUCGAUGUCGAAAAUAUUUAAUGUUUUGUAGGUAUUUAACUAUGUAUUUAUUGUUCUUUUUUUUUUGUAAAUUGGUUGUAAGGGAAAACAUAUUAUUAAUUAACAUAAUUAUUAUUAAUACUUUGAGAUGGAUUUUAUUAUGAAUGUCACAAAAGACCACCAAAAGCAAAGCACACAAUGAGUACAAUGAAUUGAAUAAUAAUUAUUUACAGUUACUUAACAUAAUAAUUAGUAAUCCAUUAUUUUAUAUUAUUAAAUAACCAAUUUGUAUUACAUACCAAAGUUGUUAUUUUUUUUUUGUAAAAAAAAAUAAGUUCUAAAAAAUGCAGCCAAAAUAGGAAAAAUUUUUUUUUAAGAUACCUAUUGUAUUUGUUUGCGAUAACAGCAGUCGCAUUUUAAAAUUGGACUAAAGUAUCAAUUACGUUUACGACUGAAUGAAAAUGUAAAUAUACCGAUAGUUUAUAAUUAAGUGUAUUACUUAACUACAAUAAUAGUUACCAUAUACUUGUACUUUAAAAAAAGUAAAACAUAGUAAGAAAUAAUCAUUUUGCCUGAUAUUUUUGUAAAAAUAUCUGCAAUAAGGGCCUGAUUAACCCUUAGGCUAAUUAAGAUGCAGCCCAGGGCACUAGGAACUGAAGGUCUACUACGAAAUUCACUAACAUGUAGCACGUUACAAUAACUAACGUCCACAUGCUGUCUCUUUCCUAAAUCGUGUACUAUAAUGAGAGAUUUAGUGGACACAAUAAUGUGCUACGUGUUUUACCUAUGUAACCCCUGAGAUCAUGUUUUUGUAAGCACUAUUGAUCUAACAACAUUUUUCAACUAGAUUAAAGCAAAACAUUAAAACUAAAUGCUUUAAAAAAAUUCAGUGAGUUUGGGAGUUCCUGAUAAAGGGCACCAUCAAUAUAAUAAACUAAGCGCUGUUAAAACUCUUAAUCAGGCGCUGACUUACAAUGUAAUCCAAUAAGACUAGGCCUAUAUCUACCUACAUUAAAUAGAAAGAAUGUGUUACAUCUUACUAUUAUCAUAUAAUUUUACAUUAUAAGAGUAAUUAGGUACAUACCUACCAAAGAUUUAAAUAGUGCAAACACAUGUCUAAGUAUAUUUGAAAUGUAGAUAUUUAGGAGUGUUGUUAUUAGUGCCAUAAUAAGCUGAAUAAGUACUAUGAAUCAUUCCAAUACUGCCAUACUUAAAUUUGCGUAUACUAUAAUUAGCACUUUAUAUUCAUGAGUAAAAAUAUGACAAUAUGUAAUUUAGGAAGUUAAUUCAUAAAUAGGUAUGAUUAUUUUAUAAAACUAGGUGUUCGAAUCCAUAUCAAUUGAUUAAGUAGCCAUUCUUAAAAUAUCUGUACUUAUAGCAUAAAUUGUUAACUUCAACAAUUGAAAGUUUCAAUGUAACAUUAUCAUUACCUACAGGACAUUUCUAGUAGAUUUCUUUAUAAAAAUGUAAACUCAUUUAGGUAUAACCUCUAAUAACACAUGCUGUUAACAAUAAGGAGUUUAAAAUAUGUCAAGAGAUGUUAUAAUUUUAUACGGUACAUACAUUUUUUUUUCUAAUUUAAAUCUAAAUUACACAAAUAGAUAUCUACUUUUUUAAGUCACUAAUUUGUAAUUUAUUUAAUUUCUAUUUCAAAUACCACAGAAAAAGAAAUGCUAAUACCAACCGUGUAACCAAGUAUUGUAAAGCCGAUAAUUUAUUACUUCUUUUUUUUCUCAUAAUUUUUCAAAAAUUUAGCAUGUGCCAAAAUGGAUACUUACCUAGUUAUUGUUAUAGAAAAAUGAAUAUUAUGAUAAGUAUCAUUUUGUAAUUUAAGAUAAAAAUAUUUAUACGUAGUAAUGUUAUUUUUAUUAAAAGACUUGAAAAUC